UUUUAUACCAUUGCUCAGAAUUAGGCAGUGUACGAAAUAUAGUGUACACUUUCGGUGUUAUUUCAUAGUGUAACCGCGACCAAUAUUAUAUUUCUAUUUGAGAAAUUAAAGUUUUCACACAAACGUGCUAUAUAUUGGCUACUAUUUUAGAAAAUGUGUAAAAACAUAAAACGAAGAUAAACAAGCAUUUGCAUCAUCGAAGUGAUAAGAUUUAAAGAUGUGUUCUUGUAUUUUUAUAAAAAGAAAAACUUAAACUAAUGCCAAAUGAAAGUUACACUGUCUGAUCAAGUCAUGUGAAAUGUCCUUAAAAAAAAAGAAGGCCUUCUCUAUUUGCUAAAACAUGAGUGCCGAGGAUAAAUGAUUUAGUUCUCCGUCACUGAUGAGAGAAAUACUGAAAUACUGACUCGAGACGCAGGUAAAUAACAGCGUGAGCCAUGCAGAUGAAGAUAAACAAAGGCAUCUGGCUCCACUAGAGCGCGCUGUUGUCUCGAGGCGCCCUCUGCAGUUUCCAUGGCGCCGCACCUCCUCCUCCUCCUCCUUCUCGCUCAUCAUCUGCAAGAUGCCCCCAUUGGCUGAAGCCCACCAGCGGCUCCUGAUCAUCCGAUUGGCUGCUGAUGUGGUCAUCACACUGUCUGCUAUCGAACAGCCCUCCAUGUAAAAAAAACACACACGGCUGCUUGCACAACAUACAAACGCAUGUGCAGACACAGAAACUCACACACACACACACGCACGGUAUUAGAUCAAACGUGGGACUAGAAACAGUAAACAUCAGCAGUAAAAAAAGAAAGAAGAAAUGACAAAAAAAAAAUAGAAAGUGUAGAAAAAAAAGAAAAGAGCUCUGUUUCUAUGGUAACAGGGAGGGGAAUGGCUUCAGUGGUUGCAUGUGAAACUAGCAGCUAUUGAAAAAUGCACUCAGGCACACGUACGGUUGCGUUUGUCACCAUGGAGGGUGUUACACCGACUUACAGGAAUUUCUCUGACUUGCACAAACCCUCACAACUUGACCUCAGAGCUAACCCCUCUGUGACCUCAUUACUUUAGAGCAUAUAUUUAUCGUCAGUCCUGGUGAUCAGAUUCCCGCCCCAUGCCCAUGAAUUGUGUCCCCUUCUUACAACAACAGUCUCUGUCCAACUCUCAAGUGCGUAAGAUAAGAUCAGAUAAGAUAUGACUUUAUUCAUCCCACAGCAGCAAGACAUUCAGCAUCACAGACACAUAUGGGUGGACUACACAAAAGAAAUAAAAUAUAAGAAUAUCAAAAUGUUUUCAUUUUGACGUACUUCUGUUAAUGUCUAAUAACUCUGGACAUUAUGGAGCAGUUGCUACAUGGUGUUAGCCUUUCUUCCACACAAAGUGAAUUUCAAGUGUUGUUAUUUUAAGUGCAAUUCAUUUUCCUUUUCUUUUUGAAAAUUAUAUUUAAUCAGACAUGUAACGAUAAAAAUGUACGUUCACAGAGCUCAAACAGUGGAUUGUUUCAAAAUGUGAAAUGGAUGCAAAAUGCAAUGGAACAAAUAGUAUUUUAUUUACUUAACAGUGUUUUAUUUAUGGCGGGUUUGCUGAUUACAUAGAUUGCAAUAAAUUUUAUUUUGCACGAGAUUACCCCUUUCAAAAUCUAAAUGUUAUUUAUUUAUGGACGAUGAUUAAAACUUUAUUUUUUUAAAACAAUGCUUCUCUUUUUUUAAUUAAUUUAGUACACGUAUUUUCAAAACAAAAACAAACAAAAAAACAACGUUUUUAGGUUAAACUCUUAGUUAUUUGUGGAAAAUAAUUGCUAUUUAACGAAAUACAUCUAAAACUCCCACUUCCUGUUUGGAUGGAUGUGAUUGGCCGAUUUCAACCGCGCAGACUCCUGGGAAAGCGCGUUGUUCAAAUUUGUUUCCGGUUUCUUUCAGCCUCGGUCGGUACAGAAAACAUGGAGCGGCCCCGUAUCAGUGAGACGAGGACUCCCUCCACCAGCGUUGGAGUCCAGCGGAGGAGCAAAAGCAAGAGCUACCGGCAGUCGUACCACAGCCUGGGCGCCGCUUCCAGGCUGGGCCUGACUCCAGGAUUCACGGCGCGGCGGCUCAACACCAAGCGAAGGGCCCCGAAGAGACACAGCAUCGCCGAGAAGGUGAGCCCGGAUCACCUGGCCCUGCUGCUGAAGACGGAGUGGCAGCUGUCGUACGUCACCCCUCUCUACCACUUCAGACACACGCAGCUCAAGAGCUACGCGAGGCAGCUCUCGGCGUUCAUCGCCGCGGAGAAGGAGCAGGGCCUGGCCGUGGAGGUGGAAGGGCUGCAGAGCGGCUUCAGGGCCUCCUUCUCCGCGGUGCGGGGGAUGGCGGCGACGGACGACGACCCCGAGACCGUCUUCGUACAGGUGAGGUUCGAUCACGCGUCGCCGAUUGGAAGGGCAAAGGGGAGCCCGUUGACAACUCGAUCUGUUUUCUUUCAGAUCCUCUCGAAGCCGCCUUUCGCAAAAAAGGACGAACCGCAGAAGUCGGUCUGGAGCGGCUGGCUCUCCUGCGUCAACGGCAACGCCGAGUACCUGAGCUCCCUCCCCGAAGAGUUCACCUGCCUGCCUCUGUUUGGCAGCAGCGGGUCGGAAGCCCUCACCGCCGCCGUGAAGUCCUGGUUCAAGCAGACGUUCGACUGCUGCUUCGGCCCCUUGGAGAUCAGCCACACGAGCCUCCAGUGGCUGGUGGCGCUGUGGACCAACUGCCACGCGGAGUCCAACAUCCAGCACCUGAAGAUGAUCUGGAGCCUCCCGUCCGCGCCGCCGCUGCAGGUCACGUACACGGUGAGCCCGGGAGACGCGUGGGAGCUGUGGAGCAGCGUGAGGAAGAGUCCGGCGGGCGAGGAGGCGAGUGAGGAGGCGAGCAGCAUCGACAUCGAGGAGGUGACGGGGCUGAUGAAGGGCCUGAGCAGCCACUUCUACAGACACUUCAGGCUGGAUCUGUCGGCGGGAAGCCUGAGCCAGGUCGCCACGGCGCUGGGGUCGGCCAAGCACGGCGGAAAGAUUAAGAUGUCCAACAGCCGAUACGUGAUCACUACCCUGACACUACUCACGGAAUGCGCGCUCCUCAAAAUGCCGAUCUGACAGGACGGACGUGGAUUUUAUUAUUUUUUUUCCACCAACAAACCUCUUUUCAGGCUUUUUAUUCCCCCUUAUUUCGUGUAUCAUAGCAGGACUUUUACAUCAGCACAACCUGGGCUUCUUUAGCAUUCUCUCCAUCAUCCUUUUGUAAAUAGUUAAUAUAAAAAAUCCUAUAUUUUUUUGUCGUGCAUGUAAAUAUUUGUCGUGUGGCUGUAAAUAAAAGUUCAAAAAGGUUGA